AUGUUGAUCGGCAGCGGUACUGCAGGCAACUUCGGAAGUUUCAACGUGGACCAUCCGGGCGGGCCCAGCAUCAUCAGCGGGAUACAGGGAUCGCCUCACCACGCGAGCACCGCCAGCCAGCCCCAACAGCAUUCGCCAGGUUCGUCGUCGGGCGGCGGUGGCGGAGGCAGCGGUGGUGCCGGAGGAGGUAGCGCCAUGACGCCACUGUUGCCGUCGUUCGGGUUCACCCAGGAACAGGUGGCUUGCGUGUGCGAGGUGCUCCAGCAGUCCGGCAACAUCGAGCGGCUUGGCAGGUUCCUGUGGUCGCUGCCCAGUUGCGACAAGCUGCACAAGCACGAGAGCGUGCUCAAGGCAAAGGCCAUCGUGGCGUUCCACCGCGGUAACUUCAAGGAGCUGUACCGAUUGCUGGAGAGCAACCAGUUCUCCGCCCACAACCACCCCAAGCUGCAGGCGCUCUGGCUCAAGGCGCACUACGUGGAGGCCGAGAAGCUCAGGGGCCGCCCGCUGGGUGCGGUCGGCAAGUACCGGGUACGCCGCAAGUUCCCUCUACCCCGGACCAUAUGGGACGGCGAGGAGACCAGCUACUGUUUCAAGGAAAAGUCCCGGAUGGUGUUGCGCGAAUGGUACGCCAGCAACCCGUAUCCGAGCCCCAGGGAGAAAAGGGAAUUGGCAGAGGCCACAGGAUUGACCACGACCCAGGUAUCCAACUGGUUCAAAAACCGAAGGCAAAGGGAUCGGGCGGCUGAACAGAAAGAUGGGUGA